AUGCUUCCAGAUUACUUCAUCAUAGACCUGUCAGAGACAAAGGCCUCCCUUCUCCUGGAAGUGCUGAAACUCCAGACCCAGAAGAGACCAGUAGAGCUGAGAGGCUGGUCAGAUGAAGAGAGUGAAGUCAGGAGUUUCCUUCAGUGUCUGCCCUACAUCUCACACCUCAGCUUCUAUUGGAAAACUCUGUAUGACCAGCGAAAUGCAGCAGCUGUCCAGUUCUUGGUGAACCUCAGUGUGGCAGCAGCUGAGUGGGACUCCACCUCAGGAGGAAGAUUGGCUGAGUGUCUGUCCUCUUCAUGCAGCCACAGCAGCUUUCCCUUUACAGAAAAUUGUGAGACUCUGUGUGUCAAUGAAAUGAAGCAUCAAUUCCUGAGUGAUUUCCUAUUGAGUCUGUGUGUCCAUCUCCAGUCCCAUGAGGGUGAAACAGCUCGGAGGCUCCUGUCAUCUUUCCAGUAUUUUUGCAAGAUGCUUCCUGAUUAUUUUUCCAUAGACCUGUCAAAGACAAAGGCCUCCCUUCUCCUGGAAGUGCUGAAACUCCAGACCCAGAAGAGACCAGUAGAGCUGAGAGGCUGGUCAGAUGAAGAGAGUGAAGUGAGGAGUUUCCUUCAGUGUCUGCCCUACAUCUCACACCUCAGGCUCUCUCAAAUAAGACUCCAGAAGAAUCCAAAUGAAGCCUUCGAGUUCCUGCUGGAUCUGAGUAUGGCAGCAGCUGAUUCUGACUGUGUCUCAGCUGCAGGAGAGAGUUUCUCUGAUCUUUUCUCCUCAGUCUGCAACUACAGCACUUUCCCUUUUGGUCAGGAGGACAACUCCAAACAAAGUGAUCUACUACUGGAACUGUACUCUUAUAUGAUGGGCUAUGAGUCAAAACAUGACAGGAGUCUACUUUCAGCAUUUAUACAAAUUUACCAGUCAGCUCCUGCAGUCUGGUCCAUAGACCUGUCAAAGACAAAGGCCUCCCUUCUCCUGGAAGUGCUGAAACUCCAGACCCAGAAGAGACCAGUAGAGCUGAGAGGCUGGUCAGAUGAAGAGAGUGAAGUGAGGAGUUUCCUUCAGUGUCUGCCCUACAUCUCACACCUCAGGUGA